AUGUCCGACGAAGAGGAAGUGUACUCUGAUGAGGAGGUAGAGGAGGAGGAAGUCGAGGAGACCGAGGAGGCUCCAGUUGAGGAGGCUGAAGAGCCAGAGGAGACCACCGAGGAGGUUGUUGCUCCACCAGAGGUCAAAGAGCGUCGUGCUCCAGUCCAGGAGGAAAAGCCACCAGCAGAGAUGACUGAGGCUGAGAUCGCCAUGAUGGCUGCCAAGAAGCGUCACGAAGAGGAAGAGGCCGCCAAGCUUCUUGACUACGAGCAACGCCGUGUUCUCGAGAAGGAGCAAAUCGAGCAAGAACUUCGUGAGCUAAAGGAGAAGCAAGAGAAGCGUCGUGCUGAGCGUGAAGAAGACGAGCGUCAAUUUGCCGAGCGUAGACGUCAAGACGACGAACGCCGCCGUAAGGAGGAGGAAGAGCGUAAGGCUCGUUCCGACGCCGAGAAGGUCCGCAAGAACGAGGAGAAGCUUCGUCGCCAGCAGAUGAUGGCUGGAGCCUUCAACGGACGUGUUGAGGCUGGAGCUGGCCGCAACUUCACAGUUUCCUCCAAGGGAGACCAGGCCGUUCAGUUCGGAAACUUGGCUCAGGGCAAGGCUAAGGACGCCAUGAGCAAAGAACAGCUUGAGGAGCAAAAGAAGAACUUCUUGGCAGCCGUUUGCCGUCAACAAGAUGUCUCUGGACUUCUUCCAAACGACUUGAAGGAGAGAAUCAAGACCCUCCAUGCCCGUAUUGUCAAGCUCGAGGCUGAGAAGUACGAUUUGGAGAAAAGACGUGAGAGGCAAGAAUACGACGUGAGUUCUAUGCUCGAUAGUACCAUCCAUAGAAUUUCAAAUUUUCAGAUGAAAGAAUUGCACGAGCGUCAACGCCAAGCCGCGCGUAACAAGGCUCUCAAGAAGGGACUCGACCCAGAGGAAGCUGCCUCAUCUGUUCACCCACCAAAGAUCACCACUGCCUCCAAGUUCGACCGUCAGACCGACAGAAGAUCGUACGGAGACCGCCGAUACUUGUUCGAGAACCCAGAACAGCCAAAGCAAGCCUCCCUCGUCCGCGGAAGUGGACGACCACCAGCAGAAUGGGGACGCAAGCAGAACGAAGAGCUCGAGCAGAUCCGCAAAAACUUGGAACCACCAAAGUACGUCGAGCAGGUCAAGGUUGAGGGAGCCAGAGCCCCAGUGGAGUUCAUCCCACUCAGCGUUCCAUCUGCUGACUUUGAGCCAGAAGAGAUCACCUCUGAUCCAAAUGUUGGAGAGGAAGUCGUCGUUGAAUAA